GAGAGAGCGGCAAAGCGUUUGGUCUUGUUUUCGUACCCACCGAGGACACUCAGAGAGUAUCGAUAGAUAUCAUAUCAUACACGCAACGCAAGAGAGAGGGGAGGGAGAGAGAGAGCGUUUUGUGGUGGUGGCCGGUGUGGAGAGAGCUACCAAGGCAGCUGAGCUUUCUACAUCAGUCUCGCCGUCCCUACAAAAGCAUACAAAAUCAAUUUCAUUGCUUCCUUACCCAUCUAUAUAUAUAUAUAUAUUUAUAUAUCUGAAUGUUAAUGAGUAUUGCAUCGACAUCUUCCUAUUUCGCUCUCUCAGAUUUCUGAACCCUUGUUCUGCUUUUAACCUUUUUUUUCUCUCUGAUUGGGUCGUUCAUGGCUUCUUCAAUGUCGAAUACUAACGGGUAUGCCACAUUCGUCAGCGAAAACGAAAUGGGUAAACGUGAGAAGAUCAUUAUCGAUACAGAUCCUGGUAUUGAUGAUAGCAUGGCUAUCUUCAUGGCCUUUCAAAGCCCACAGCUGGAGGUCUUAGGUUUAACCACAAUAUUUGGUAAUGUUAGUAUAGAAGGUGCCACUCGCAAUGCACUGCUUCUGUGUGAGAUCGCAGGAUAUCCAGGUGUUCCCGUGGCAGAGGGUAGCCCUGAGCCUCUGAAGGGGGGAAAACCACUUGUUGCAGACUUUGUUCAUGGUGCAAAUGGAUUGGGGAACACAAAUUUACCUCCUCCAAAAUCCAAGAAAAUUGAGAAGACGGCAUCAGAAUUUUUGGUGGAUAUGGUUUCUGAAUAUCCUGGUGAAGUUUCCAUACUUGCACUGGGGCCGUUGACAAAUUUGGCUAAGGCUGUUAAAAGGGACUCAUCCUUUGCAAGCAAGGUGAAAAAAGUUGUCAUCCUUGGUGGAUCUUUCUUUGCAUUGGGAAAUGUCAAUCCUGCUGCUGAAGCAAAUAUCUAUGGGGAUCCAGAAGCAGCAGAUGUUGUGUUUACAUCUGGGGCAAAUAUUGUUGUUGUUGGCAUAAACAUAACAACUCAAGUCAAAUUGACAGAUGCUGACCUUGAUGAAUUGAGGCUGUCUCAGGGAAGACACGUUCAAUUAAUCAGCAAAAUGUGCAAAUUCUACAGAGAUUGGCAUGUUGCAUCUGACGGAGUCCAUGGGAUUUUCCUUCAUGACCCAGUCAGUUUUGUGGCACUGGUUCGGCCAGAUCUCUUUACGUACAAGAAAGGGGUUGUGCGAGUUGAGACACAAGGGAUAUGUCUGGGGCAUACACUGAUGGACCAAGGACUAAAAAUAUGGAAUUCAAGCAAUCCAUGGACAGGCUAUUCCCCUGUUUCAGUUGCAUGGACGGUUAAUGUGGAUGAAGUUCAUAAUUAUAUUAAGAAUCUGUUGACCAAACCGUGAAAUCUUUGCAAGUUGUGCUCUACACGCCAUGAAGAUGUCGAAAACUUUGAAAAUGUUGUGUUGUCUUUGGUUUCUUCUUGAAGAGCCUUUGGUGAUUUCUUUAGUUCUUUGUUGGUAAAACCCAAAAUUUUGGGAGCAACGGGUUAAUAAUUUGAUGGUCUCCUAUUGCUAAAAAUUUGCUGUAAUUUAUGAAGUAUGUAAACACGGUAGUUAUAUAUGGGUUAUUCAAUCUAGUUAAAAAUUUCAAAUUUCA